AUGGGACUUAUUUGUACAAAAGAUAAAACCAAUAAAAUUAUCAUCAAAGGUUAUGGAAAACCUGUGAAUACGCCAACUCCUAAUGUGCCACCAAAAACAGUAAAUACAUACAAAUAUGUUGGUGAAGAGUUUCAAUAAGAAAUUGAAAAAAAUGAUCCAACUUAUUCUGAGAAACAAUAAAAGUGGAAUAUAUAUUAUCAGAAAAAAUAUGAACUUAUAAAUGAUGUGACUUAUAGUGCUUUAUUAAAAAGAUAACAAUCGAUUGAGUAAUUAUAAUAACAGACUAAUGAAGAUGAUCUAUGCAAAGAGCCAAAAAUAAAUUCUAACAAGCAAUUUUCUUAAAAAUUAAUAUUGUCGCUAGCACAGUAACUUGGUGGGCCUUUCAAAAUGAGAAAUCAAGAGAUUAUAGACGCUUACCUUGUAAAAGAAAUGAAUAACGAAGAUUUUAAAAACAUUCUUAUGGAUGGAGCCAUUUCCAAAUAUAGAUGGAAUUUUUGGAUGGCUCAAGUCUAUAGGAACAGAGAUUAUGAUCCUCUUCUUUAUUAAAAAUUGAAAAAUCAAACUCCAUCUCAGAAAGUUCUCGAAGAUAUAACAAAAGAUAUUAAUAGAACCUUUCCUUCUCAUGAUCACUUUAAAGAUUAUAAUUAAGGUUAGCAAUAAUUAUUAUCCAUUCUCAAAGCUCUUUCCAUUCUCAAUGAGGAUAUUGGAUAUGUAUAAGGUAUGAAUUAUAUAGUUGGAUUCUCUUUAAUUGUCAGCGGAGGUAAAGAGGAGGAAGUCUUUUGGCUCAUUCAUUUCAUUAAUACUAAUCCUUUAUUCUUAUGGUGGGAAAUAUAUAGAGUAAACUUCAAUUACACUAAAGCCUUGUGUCAAGUCUUUUUAAAAAAUUUUAAUGAAUAUCUUCCAGCUCUUUACCAGCAUUUUUAAGAUGAAGGCAUAAGUGAUUAAUAAUACAUUUGGCAAUGGAUUUUAACUUAAUUUUUAUAUACAUUUCCUAUUGAUAGUGUGAUUUUCUUUUGGGAUUUUAUUUUGGCGACUGAUAUCUUUUCAAUCAUUAAAAUUAGUAUUGCUUUUCUUAAAGAAUUUGGAUAUGAUUUAAUCUAAAAAGAUAUUGGUUAAAUUUCAGAAUUUUUGACUAGCUUCAUUAAAGAUCAAUUAUCAAUAGACGUUACAAAAAUAAUCGAUGAUGCAAAAUAGAUAGAUGUAAAUAUGACUGAUGACUAAAAACAAUUCUUUAAAAAUUAUAAACCUUAAUCAUCUACUUGA